AUGAGUCUUCAGGAUCAGGGCGAGGCCCGCGGCAGUGGGAACAAGACAGACAGAGAUACAGACAUCAUCAUCAAUGGACUGGUUGCCCCUCUUUCGUUACCUUUUGGCACCCAAUCACCUUGGGCGAGUCCCUGGGACCUUUCCAACCUUGCUGCUGCUUCGGCAUCCUGA